GAGAGCAGUUAUUUUCUCUUUAUCUUCUUCCUUGCAUGAGAAAUUUUCUUCUCUUCUGUCUCUCUAUCUCUUUAUCUCUCCCAAAACAUCAAACUUCUUCCCAUUUCUUCAAUAAAACCAAGAAAAUCUUCAUGAUCAUCCCUAGUUUCAUACUAAAUCCGCUUCUUAUCAAAUUAUUCAUACGUAAUUAUGAAAAAAUAUCUGUCAAGCUUAUGGAUGGUAGGUGUUGUUAACAUCCCAAGGUUUGAUGUGAACAUUCUGAGAUUUGAUGCGUAUAUUGGGUAGUUGAUAUUUUGACGGUCUUGAAACAACCUCUACGUCUCUUCACCAUCACCAACACCAUUACAACCUUUUUCAAACAACUUUCAGGAAGAUAUGCCUCUCCGUGUUCUUGUAACUUCCGGUAUAUCUCUUCAACGUUUGUCAAUGGGAUGUUUCAUUAUUAAGAGAAGAUUAUGUAUUGGUUAAUUCAAUCCCAGAAUCCAAUGGAGGAGUUCUCUUCAAAUUGAAGAAUUAACAAACGAGGAGUAAUGGCUGUUCAAGUAAAAUACGAAGAAGGUGACAAAAUUGAACAAGUCAAGGAUAAGGAAGUUGUCACUUUUGUAACUAUCACCCAUGAUCAGAAGAGCGAAGAAGAGCUACAUGAGGAGGAGCAAAACAAGAAGCACCACUUGAAUGUCAUACUCAUAGGUCAUGUUGAUGCAGGAAAAUGCACAGCUGGUGGGCAGAUACUUCUUCUCAGUGGACAGGUUGAUGAAAGAACAAUCCGGAAAUAUGAGAAGGAAGCGAUGGACAAUGGUCGAGAUAGUUGGUAUAUGGCAUAUAUAAUGGAUACUGAUUCGGAGGAGCGUGAAAAGGGAAAAACAAAGGAGGUUGGUAGAGCACACUUUGAGACCGCAAACAAACGAUUCACACUCUUAGAUGCUCCGGGUCACAAGCAUUACGUCUCAAAUAUGAUAAGCGCGGCAUCUGAAGCAGAUAUAGGGGUUCUGGUAAUAUCUGCUAGGAAAGGUGAAUUUGAAAGUGGAUAUGAGGGAGGUGGACAAACGCGUGAGCAUGUCCUCCUGGCCAAAACAUUCGGUGUGUCUAAGUUAAUUAUUGUUGUCAACAAGAUGGAUGAUCCGACAGUAGAAUGGUCUCAAGAGAGGUACAAUGAAGUCAAAUCAAAGAUAACUUCUUUCCUUAGAUCUGCGGGUUACAGUGCGAAGAAAGAUGUUCAAUUUCUCCCAAUUUCUGCGCUGCUUGGUUCUAACAUGAAAACUCGGAUGCAUGAGAGCGAGUGUCCUUGGUGGAAGGGUCCAAGUCUCUUUGAGGUUUUGGAUGCCUUAGAAAUCCCUCAGAAAGAUCCGAAUGGUCCAGUCAGGAUGCCAAUUGUUGGCAAAUUUAGGGAGUUGGGAACUAAUGUUUUGGGAAAAAUAGAGUCUGGUAGCAUUGGGGAAGAAGACACCCUGCUGAUUAUGCCCAAUCAGGCCCAAGUGAAAGUGCUUGAGGUGUACUGCGAUGAACAAAAAGUUAAACGUGCUGGUCCUGGUGAGAAUGUCCGAGUCAAAUUGUCAGGGGUAGAAGAAGCGGAUAUAUUGGCUGGCUUUGUCUUGUCUAGUGUGGAAAAUCCGAUAACCGCAGUGACGGAGUUCAUUGCCCAACUGCAGAUCCUAGAGUUGCCUGAUAAAACAAUCCUUGCUGCACCUUACAAGGCAGUAUUACAUGCUCAUUCUGCUGUCGGGGUGGAUUGUGAGAUUGUUGAGCUAGUGCACCAAAUUGACCCAAAAACUAGACAACCUAUCGCAGAAAAGACUCCUUUUGUUAAAAAUGGUGCUGUGGUUGUCUGCCGGAUUCAGGUUAGCAAUCUGAUGUGUAUAGAAAAAUUCUCAGACUCUCCACAGCUUGGACGAUUUACCCUUCGUACAGAAGGUAAAACUAUUGCAUUUGGGAAAGUAAUUAGCAUCUGAACCGAGGCUGGCGGAUUAUCAACAAUGAAAUCCGCCCUUCCAUCAUCUUCCAUGGACAAGAAUUCCUCCUUGUCUAGUGACCACAGAAAAUAUGACCACCCAAAUCUCAUAUGGGUGAAAAAAUCUGCACAACAAUCUCUUGCGUUGCCUCCUACACAAAAUCCAAGGUCCAGCAAGAAGUCGGAUAAACUGCCAAUCAGUGAGGUUCUUGGUCACACCAGUGCUAGCAAUGGGUGUGUACGUAAAGAGAAGUAUCAUGAGAGACAUCCUGAUAAGGGAAGUGACAAACAUCCAAACGGUGAUGCAACUUUUUAUUCACAUAAGGGUGACUCUACAUUUGUUCAGUCACGCAGCUCAAGAAAAAAGUGCAUAAGUCAAAAGGAUGGCUAAGCUGAGAGAAAUGUCGGGUUUUUUGAGAUUGUCCAAUGCGUUGAAUUUAAGUCAUUCAGGAAACUGACCUUCCUGCGGACGGUGAUUAAGUUUGGAAAUCCGAAGGUCCUACUUUCAUUUUGAUGCGACACAUUUUGAUGUCAUUGGAA